CAGGCGAUCCUCGUGAACAUCUUCGGAGGAAUCAUGAGGUGUGAUGUCAUCGCUCAGGGCAUCAUCAUCGCUGUGAGAGACCUGGAGCUCAAGAUCCCCAUCGUAGUGCGGUUACAAGGAACCAGAGUGGACGACGCUAAAGCUCUGAUCGCUGCGAGUCCUCUGAAGAUCUUAGCCUGUGACGACCUGGACGAGGCCGCCAAGAUGGUUGUGAAGCUUUCUGAGAUCGUCUCUCUGGCUAAAGAAGCUCAGGUGGACAUCACCUUCCAGCUGCCCAUCUAAAGGAGACACACCUCCACCUGUACCUCAAACACUUCCUCUGUCUCCCCCUCAGCCUCCCUCCACUCCCCCUUUUUUAGUUUGACUGUGGCACGAUGGCAUCUGAAACGAGGUGAACUCGUCACGUUGCUCGUCAAAAGGAAAUUAAAUUCAGCUAAAUGUGGAAAGAGAAGAGCCGUGUAUAGAUGCACCCCAAAUGGUUUAUGCAACUUCUCGCUAUUUGUGCACAUUUCCUGCAUCGUUAGUAAAAGCCUCUGUUCCUCGUCCCUCUGUGAUCCCAAACUCCGCCUCCUUCCUCAUUCGUUGCACUCGAGUCGAUACGCACCCACAUUUUAACUUUUAACUCCUUCUCUCAUUUAUUUAUUCAUGCAUUUCAUGGAGAAUAUCGAACGUGUUUCCACUUCAGGUCAAACCAGGGACGCUCUGGCGCACACGUUGAAAGGAAGCAUUGUAAUCCGGUUACUUUCAUUUUCACACCUGGGCAGUGUUUCAUGAUGUCAGCGUGUUGAUCAGAAUAACAGAUCGCUUUGAAGUCUUCUUUAUCAAACGCACAAACAUCGAUUGAAGCGCCGCAGAGAUUCACGUCCUGUGUUCAGAGAGUUCAAACACGCUUCCUGUUACAAAGUGGAGCCCCUCCGUCACCCCGGGUGGAGCUACACUUUAAACGUGUCUCUGAAUUCAGGCUGUUUCUCAAGAAUCUGGAGAAACACACGCUCUCCCUCUGAAGUGAUAUCUCUUCAUGCAGAUAGGUUACAUUCAGUUUGAAGAGAUAUCUGAUUCCCACUGGAAGGGACCUCCUAAUUUCCUACAGAGACAAACGUCUCGUGGCUUACCUCUCUGUCUGUCUGUAUCUGCAUGAAGGUUAGUUUUGGACAGGGUCGAGUAUUACUGCUGCUUGAUUCUGUAUUUUGAGUAGAAAAUGUCAAAGUAUUUUGCUGGUUUUAGCUCAGAAAUUGUCGCGUUAGCAGACGAGUAACAACCAGCCAUGCAGAUGUAAUCACCUGCAGUCUCAUUACAUCACAUAACUGUACGCUCUGAGGCUGAAUCCGUGAGUCAGAGGACAUGUGUACUUUUAGAAACGUGAAAAAUGUCAAAUAUUUAACACAGGAUUUGAUCAAGAUGCUCCCAGCUUCAGAGGAGCAUCUGGUAUUGAUCCGUGAGGUUCAGUGUUCCCAGAGAAAGCCCAGAGGGAGGGACACGGAGAGUUAAAGUGGAGUCAGUUCCUCGCUCUGAUAAACCCGAUUAUUCCCUGCUGACCCGAACGCAUCAUCUCGCGUCCUGCUGACCAAUACACCCUGAACGCAUCGUCUCACGUCCCCAAGACCGAUACACCCCGAACGCAUCGUCUCACUUCAUGAAGACCGAUACACCCCGAACGCAUCGUCUCGCGUCCUGCAGACCGAUACACCCCGAACGCAUCGUCUCGCGUC